AGCCGCCACUUGCUUUGGUGGAUGUAAGCAUACUGCCGAACUACGUUAAAUCUGUAUUUUUCUUGCUUUCUCUUACCUUGAUUUUCCGUACUAUGUUUUCACAACAGUCGAGUAAAAUGUUUCACACUCCAAUACUACUUAGAAAAGGGUUUCUUCUAGGGAAGGAAGUAAGAGUUCAAACUAAUUAAUAUUGGAAGGUCAGAAAGCGGUUUUCUGCAUUAUUCAAAGAAAUAUGCCAUACCAAGUCUAAGAAAGGUAGCUUAGAAACAAGCCAUAGAAUUUCUAAUGAUCUCUCACCAAAUCCCACUAAAUUAAGUCGUACUUUUAAGAAGAAGGUCAAAGUUGGUAGGAUUUACCAAGCUAUGGAAUAUUGGACUUCUGUUGAUUAUAAAUACUGCAAACCUUUCUCUCUUUAUGCACUACCACCUUUUGUCUUCUUUGCUUUUAUUCCUUUUGUUCUUUUCUCCCGCCAUGGCUCUCUCUCUACGAUAUCCUCUGUCCCUUUUUGCAACUUUGCUUCUUGUGCAUACUCUGGCAGAAGCUCAAACAAGCAGCGACCCCUUCAUUCAUUCUCGAGCAGCUUAUUAUCCUAAUUCUGACAAACAAGGAACAGAUAGUGGCGCAUGUGGGUUUGGUUCCUUUGGAGCUACAAUCAAUGGUGGGGAUGUGUCGGCUGCAUCUGACCUCUACAGAAAUGGCGUUGGCUGUGGGGCUUGCUACCAGGUGAGGUGCACCAACGCAGCAUACUGCUCAGACAAUGGAGUAACGGUGGUUAUAACGGACCAGGGUUCAAGUGAUCGGACUGACUUUGUUCUGAGCAGACGAGCCUUCGGUCGGAUGGCUCAGACCACUGAUGCAGCUGCUUCUCUGCUUGCUCUUGGUGUGGUGGAUAUUGAGUACAGACGUGUCUCAUGCAGCUACCCGAACAAAAACAUAACAAUAAAGAUAGAUGAGAACAGCAACUACCCUCAUUAUUUGGGUUUUGUGCUAUGGUAUCAGCAAGGCAAGAAGGAUAUCACUGCUGUGCAGCUCUGUGAGACUAAGAAUAUGGUGUGCAAGCUACUGGAUCGUAGUCAUGGAGCAGUAUGGACGACAACCUCGCCUCCAAGUGGGGCAUUGUCACUGCGAAUGUUGUUCACCGACGAGGAUGGAGAUGAUGAGUCUUGGGUCGUUCCAAUUAAUAGCAUACCUCAAGACUGGAAAGCUGGAGAAACAUACGACACCGGAGUCCAAACUUAAUUAUCUAAUUAUUUUAUAUGGAAUAUUAAUUCUAUUUAUAUAUUUCUAUAUGUUUUACAAUAAUAUGAAAUAAUAAGUUCUCUCCGAACCAUUUUUUUCAGAUAAUUAAGAAAAUUUCUUGAAUGUAAUCAAUCAUUAAUUAUUAAUGUUGAUUAAUGAAAUUCUAUGUCA